AGUGAGUGAGUGAGUGAGUGAGUGAGUGGGGAGAGGAGAGAGAAGAAGGAGGUUUAAAAGCAAUUGUUAUUGAAGCAUUUCUACUUCAGUCCAGGGAGGUACAGCUGGGGUUGGAUAACUGGAGAGCUGAGAGGAACUGGAGAGAAGGAAUUUCACAGUUCUAAUGGCGUAGACGCUGAGGCCCCUCACUAAGCCUGUGAUACCUUGAUCAAAAAGCACCAUAUCCUGUUUUCAGAGGACAGCACACAGGGGACAGUUCAGACCAGAGGACUGCUGCGUGGCAUCAGCCCUGGACUGCAAUCCUGGAGAGAAAGAAACACACAGACAGAGCUAAAGGAGAUGGCAGUGCAUAAAGACCAAAUCCACCACACACUCCGAUUUACCAAUGUGCCAACAGAACUCAGGGAAAGAGCUGUGAAGUUUCCUCUGUAAGUGAAGAGGCUCCAUCUCUGUUCAUUUUGUUGCUGGGAAAUUUCCUCACCUUUGCAUUGGUGUCAAGGUGCCAAUAUGAGGAACACAAGCACAUUUAGCCAGCCAGGGAUUGUGCUUCUGCUGGUCACAUGUCCUCUGCUGAGCGUUCUGCAUGGAGUUACCUGUAAGGCUGAGAGUGGACACCUUGGGGACUCUGAUCCUGACAGGUGUAUGAGACACCAUUUUGUGGAGACCAUCACACAUCCCAUCUACAAGUGCAACUCCAAGAUGGUACUCCUGGCUCGCUGUGAAGGUCACUGCAGCCAUACAUCUCGUUCAGACCCUCUCAUCUCCUUCAGCUCUGUUCUUAAGCAACCAUUUAAAAGUACAUGCUUCUGUUGCCGCCCGCACACCUCCAAACUGAAAGCAGUGCGUCUGCGGUGUUCUGGUGGUACUCGAAUAACUGCCACCUACCGGUACAUCCUUGCAUGCAGCUGUGAGGAAUGCAACUGAAUGGGCUUGCCAAGAAGAAGGAAAUGGCUAAGCCCCAUUUUACAUGUGUUUUAUUGCUGUCCAUAUUAAACAAAAUUACACGAUUCAUUAGCAGUGCUGGUAUGGACGAAGAUGAAGCCAGCAGCAUAAAAAUCAAAGAAAAGAAACAUUCACGAGUCGAUUGCACCUGGGCCUGGUCUCUGCCAGUUGAUUAAUUUCUAAUGCAUUCCACUGCUUUGAUCACAGCAUGUGAAAAACUAUGGAUGCUGGAAACAACUUUGCAGUUUAGGGGCGUUAUGAGAGAUCGUAGAAGCCCGUUCCGGGCUGGAGACAUUCCAACGAAAGUGAGAGAACUCUCGGGAAUUGUUCACAGGUUGCAGAGAUGCCAGGGUAAGGUCUCUGUUGCAGAUGUUGGACAUUGUAAUGUCAGUUCUCGGCCUAUAAGUGGAUAAUGGCCAUUUAAUGUAAGUCUGGUCAAAUAUCGCAUGCAUGGUUAAGAUAGUUACAUUGAACAGGACUGAGUUAUCAAAGGAAUAUUAAAUUCAUAAUGACAGAAAUGCCCAUGGGACUCCUAUGUUAAAAUCACAAAAGAAUGCUGCAUUUAUUUAAGUUAGCAUCAGAAUUUCAUUAGUUUCCAAUAAGAUGGAGCAGCCUUCUAUAAAAGUCUUUGUCGUGCUUUGCUGUAAUUGUACCCUUUGUGAAGUUGUACAGGGUUUGUAAUUAUGGAAAAGAAAAAAAAAACAACCUGACAGCUCUGUUGGAUCUAAUAAAUGACUUCCUUUUGUUUGUACACACUGCCUGUAUGCUUUAAGCCAUCUUGUUAGACAUAUUACGUGACCUUAUAUAAUUAUCUAGGUGAAGACCCAGAAUGUUAGACAGAACCUUAUACUAAGAUCAUGAUAUGCUGUGAUUUUCAGUCAGGCCACAAUAACUAAUCACUAAUUUGACAGCAUGACACAUUGUGCAGAUGAUGCUUAUGAGUUCUCUUCAUUUCAUGGUGGUUCUGAAAGGCUUCUCCUGUUAAACAUGCAAUGAAUGUGACACUCAUUUAUGUAAUUAUCAUAGCCUAAGAGAAUAUAUUGUGCAUAAUUCUAUUCAUUCUUCUGAGACAGUUCUCUGUGUUCUUAUCCUCUGUGAAACGAAGUGAAAAUUGAAAGAUAAAUUAUUAUUCUACCAAAUAGAAUAUGGUCUCAACAAGGCAUCCCUAGAUCUAACCAGUCCAUAUCUAUGUUCUACACAGCUGGCUCUCAUUCUGUUGUCCCAAAACUGCCAUUACCAAUGUUUUGCUUGUUCUGAAAUACAUUAUUUAAAUCACAAAGAUAUUACACACGCAUAACUUAGUGUUUAUAGUCUGUGCAACAAUAAAAAAUCCUUUGCAACCAUUCAAUCCACCAAAGACUGCAAGAUCAUUUAGAUCCUCAAUAAUAGGCAAAGCUCU